AUGUUGUCCUGUGCUGGAGCUGAUAGGCUCCAGACAGGUUUGCGUGGUGCCUUUGGAAAGCCCCAGGGCACAGUGGCCAGGGUCCACAUUGGCCAGGUCAUAAUGUCCAUUCGCACCAAGCUGCAGAACAAGGAGCAUGUGAUUGAGGCCCUCCGCAGGGCCAAGUUCAAGUUCCCUGGCCGUCAGAAGAUCCACAUUUCCAAGAAGUGGGGAUUUACUAAGUUUAAUGCAGAUGAAUUUGAAAACAUGGUGGCAGAAAAGUGGCUCAUCCCAGAUGGCUAUGGGGUCAAGUACAUCCCUAAUCGUGGCCCCCUGGACAAAUGGCAGGCCCUACACUCGUAAGAACCUUGGCGCUGC